AUGCUUCAAGCGGCCGUCGGGCAGGAGGCCGACCGUGUACAGGCCUCGUGCGUGCCUGACGCAGCCGCUGCGAAGUGGAGAGAAGGCUUCACGGGAGCCGUGGAAACGAUGAUGCAAAAGACCAAGCGCACGAUGCAGCUGGGCUUGGCAUCAUUGGCCAGAGGAGUCUUGAUGCUCAUAGACGAAAGCAGUUCUUGCGGAGAUUUGCGGGCGUUCCAGCUUCUCAAGGAGCAGGCAAAGAGGCUCGAGGUACUUGCCAGCACGCGCAGCCUCGCAGGGCUGGAUGCAUCGGUGAAGUACGAGCCUCUCAAAUCCCUCACAGUUGGGGGAAUUGAUGUCCACCUCGAACUCAACGCACUGCUCGUGGCCUGGCAGAUGAAACGCGGCCCUGGCGAAGUCGGCUCAACAUUGGCAAAGUUCCUGGCUGACUUCUCCGCAGAUGCCGACGACGCUCCCGAAGCUCCAGAACCUGAGGCAGCGGCGGAAGUGGUGGAGCACCGUCCUGGGUCGCUGCAGCGCAAGCCGCAGUUCUGGACGGCGAUGCUGAAUCAGGCUCUCACUAGCUUGGCGGCAGCACCAGAUCGGCCUGUUGUGGAAGCCUGCAUUUCCGAUGGUCUGGCGGGCUUUCACGCGGACAGGUUUGAUGAGGCGUUUGGCCGGAUGAUGCAGAAGACGCAGCGGAGUAUGCAAGCUGGCUUGCGAGUCUUAGCCUCGACGACGCAGGCGCUGCUGAACACUCUGCAGGAGCAAGGUCACUGUCCAGAGGUGCGCUCCUCACAAGGUGUCGCCCGGCUGCGCCUGGCCGCUAAUCGGCUCGAGACGUUGGUUGGGACGCGGUCGCUUGUCAAUCCUGGGGUCAAGGUCAAGUACGAAGCGAUGCAGAUGCUGACGGUGGGUGGGCUCGAUGUUCACCUUGAGUUGAACAAGCUCAUCGGUGCCUGGAUAUCUGACAACAGGGCAGAGCAAGUUGGUGACAGCUUGGCUGGCUUCUUUGACGAUUUCAAAGCGAAAGAGGAGGAGACCGAAGCUGAACCCAGAAGCGGGCAAGAGGCGGCAAAAGCUGAGCCCGAGCUGGUGCAGAUGAUCUCGGAUGCAGUUUCCGGCGCUGGUGGCGGCGCAGCGGGGAGCUGCUUCGAGAUGCCUGCGUUGGAGGCCUUUGCGCGCCAGGUGGAGGAGGCCCUCGAGGAAAUGCUGAAGAAGCGCCGGAAGACCAUGCAGCAGGGGCUGCGGGAGCUUGCUGAUGCCGUGAGCAGGCUCUUUAACCUCGUGGGCACGGAGUGCAGGGAGCUGCCGGGUGUUCGCACAAUCCUCCAGGGCGCUGGAAAGCUGCGUAAGCUCACGCGCAAGACCCUCGUGGACUAUGGAGCGUACAUCAAGUACGAGGCCUUGAAGUCACUGGAGGUUGGCGGGGUGAUGGUGCACACAGAGCUGAAUGCCUUCAUAGCAGCAUGGAAGCUCCGAAGCCGGCGCGAAGCCGGGCAACCGCUCGGCAUCCUUUUCAAGCGACUCUCCACUAUCAGCGGUCAUGACGAGUUCUGA